UGUUGCUCCGGAGUCACUGUCUCCGGCUGGUGGUAGGGGAGUAGGAAUUCAGAAUCGGCAAUAUGGCCGGUCAGAUGUGCAGGGUGGCGCAGUGGUGUUAGUGGUGCUGCGCGCUGUGGAUAUUUCUCUACUUCUCGUUAUUUAUAUAUGUCGAACUACCGCAAGUCCUGUCCGAAUCUCGUGUGUUUUCAUGGGCUCGGUGAUAUACUGUGCAGGAGCAGGAACACGGAUUGCAUGAAGGCAUAGCACACGCUCACCGGUCAAGCAAACAUGAACGAAGUGAGCAUAUCAUCCGCUCGUGCGUCGGUGAUGGUGUACGACGACGUGAACAAAAAAUGGAUACCAAGCGGUAGCUCGUCCGGCCUAUCCAAGGUUCAGCUCUACCAUCAUCAGGUGAACAACACGUUCCGUGUAGUCGGGAGAAAACUGCAGGAUCACGAGAUCGUUAUUAACUGCGCGAUACUCAGAGGGCUCAAGUACAAUCAGGCGACGGGAACGUUUCACCAAUGGCGGGAUAACAAACAGGUGUACGGACUCAAUUUCUCCAGUAAGGACGACGCCGACGCCUUCGCCAAGGCGAUGUUUCAGGCCCUUGAUGUGCUAAGCAACGGUGGCAACAUAUCAAGGAGUCUCGCUCCGACAACCACCACAGUUACUCAACAACAGACCGCCUAUCAACAACAGCAGCAGCAGCAGCAGCAGCAGCAGCAGAGCCAACCAGUCGCUCAGCACGAAGAAGAUAUGGGAUACAGUCAAAGUCAUAACACGCGGAUCUCCUUGUCCCUGGGCCAUCUGCCUACAGGGAGUCAGACAACUCCCGAUCACCAUGCGACCAUUAGUGGUGCCGUCGGCACCGUUAUUGAAGUGGGUUGUUCGCAUGGCUCACCAGGCAGUGGACACACGAGAACCAUGACCAGAGAAGAUGUAGCAAUAAUUCAAGAGCGCAGAAUGUCUCAACAAAGCCAAGCAACUAGCAGUCCCAAUCCUAUAUCACCAAGUUGCCCGCCAGUUGUGCAGCAGCAGCAGCAGCAACAACAACAGCAGCAGCAGCAACAACAGCAGCAGCAACAACAACAACAAUCCGGUCAUCAUCGAACUUCAUCGGCACCACCGGCACCUCAGCCGCCACAACAGCAGCAACCGGCGCUACAGAAUAUACAAGCCGGUAUCCCGGCUGCUCCGCAAAUAUCGGCUGUAUUAGCAAUUGGUCCUCCGGUACCACCUCCCCAACCGCCAAUCGCACCUCCUGCUCCUCCAUGUCCGCCGGCGAUGAUAAACUUUAAUUCGCCCGCGGCGCCACCGAUGAUGAUGAACCAAUACGCGCAAUCACCGUCAUCUCAAACGAAUCUUGCGAAUCAGCAGUCUCAAUGUCAACCUAUUUACGUAACCAAUCAGGCGAAUCAGUACGGUGCUGCACCUGCGAACGCUCAAUACGCGGCCACCACGGUUACUAGUAACAGUAGUAGCGCUGGAAACAAUGCGAACGCUGUUGUAGGUCAGAGUCCGAGCCAGUAUCCGCCGUCCGGCGCUCAAAACACUUUCUACGGUACUAAUAAUCAGACGAACAGUUACGCUACUGGCGGACAGGUUAACACAGGCCAAUACAGCCAACCGACUGCUAAUCAGGCGCAAUAUAGUAGCAGCGCUGGUAGUCAAUAUGGAAGUAGUAACUCGAUAAAUCAAUACGCCGCCGGUCCGCCGCCAUCCGGUCCGACGAGUCAGUACGCUGUCGCGCAGACCGUUGUCGGUCAAUCGCAAUACGGAACUAAUAUUGUGUCUCAGCAACAAGCACAGUACAGCGGUACCAGUCAGGUGCCAGUCCCUGCUACAGGCACCACAAAUCCGUAUGGAACACCGUCAAACUCAGUGAAUCAGUAUGCUGCCGGCGGACACCACCCGGUUAGUGCUAAUCCUUACGCUUCCAUUCCUAGUAGCGGACCGCCGCCACCCCCGAUGGUACCGCUAACCGGACCCGCUGCACCGCCACCGCCACCACCACCACCAGUACCUAACGCUAACAAUCCUACCGCUUCUGGUAGCUCUAGCAGUUCUCUGAACGAUCCUGUUCCUGACGCCAAUUCGUUAGCGGCCGCUCUACAAGCUCGUCUAAAAAAGAAACAGCAACAAUCGCAACUAACGGAGAAUAGCGGCUCGAGCACUAGCAGUAGCGGUAGCGGAAGCGGCGGUGGGAGCGGCAAUUAUGGCACUUUAGGAAGAGGCGGAGGUGGUGGAAUGGCUUCCAUGAUGGAUGAAAUGGCUAAGACUCUGGCACGCCGACGGGCUGCUGCUGAAAAGAAGCAACCUGAACAGGUGGAACCGGAAAGCUCGCCAGAUAAAAAGUCCUGGGAUAAAAACAAUACGUCAAAUAAUAAAUUUUCCAAUGGUGCCGAGUCACCGAAAUCAGUACGUAAGAGAUUCGGCUCGGCUUCGGAAGAUACUCUGCUCAAGGUAAACGGAGUCAACGACGGAGUCUCGCUCACUGCACAAGAAAUGGAGGCCUUCAAAGCGGAAAUAAUUAAAGAAAUGCGCAAAGAAUUCCAGAAGAUGAAGCAGGAAAUAAUCGACGCUGUAAGAACAGAACUCAACAAGAGAUAAAGAAAACGUUAAAGAACACGUAAAAAAAAAAAAAAAACGACAAAAGCUCUUGAAACCGAAAAAAA